UGAAUUGGAACCCCAAGCCAGUUCCUGAAAAUCAAGGUUCAUGCUACAGAAUCCUGCACCGUUACUACGGAAUUGUGAGAGGUUCAGGAAUUGCCCCGUUUUUGUUCAGAAGUAAAAAUGCAAUUGCAAAAUUGUACUGGAGUUAUAGAAAUGAAAUAGUCCUUGAAGAAGUGCAGCUGGGAGGGGACGCGACAGAAUAUAGGGUGCUAGGUUUGGCCUUGAAACUACAAGCCGGUGCAGAGAAGGGCGCGGGUCCUCACUAGGUAGUGACGUUCCGGAGGCUGUGGAGGGUGGUGAGGGCAAGAGCCACCUGCGCAUCGAAUUCUGUCUCGGCAGCGCUGGGGCGGCGGGCAGGUUUCCUAACAUCUGCGCGGCGCACUGUGGCUGCGGUACAGGCGGGUGGAAGUAGCUGACGGCGUGUGCUAGGGCAGGGCGUUGCGUGAGCGUCGGUGCCCAGAAGCUAGGGACCUAGAGCUACCUAUUCUGUAAGGAAUGCCUUCGUUUGCUAGCCUUCAAACCCGCGAGAACGAUCUUAGAGUUUGUUAAAUCCGGUAACUCGGAGAAGAUCAAGACAGCGUGUGGCUUGAAGGGUUGUGAAUGGAAACUUUUGCCAUUUGCAGGACCCUUCGAUACGUUCCGGAGGAAUCCAAGGACAAGGUUAUCUCAGAUGAAGACGUCCUGGGAACGUUGCUCCAAGUUUUCCAGGCUUUGUUCUUAAAUGAUCUCAGUAAACAAUCAGAUAUCUGGACUUUACUUCCAGAACCUGUGAAGGCAAAAUAUCGAGACCUGCUGGCACUUCAGCAUCAAAGGGUGAAUCUGCUUGGAAUCAGACAUCGACAGCAAAAUGCUUUUAAACCAGAAGAAAUUCUUUAUAAGACACUGGGUUUCAGUGUUGCCCGCGCAACUAGCUCAUUGAUUUCUGCGGGAAGAGGUGUCUUUGUUACUAAGGGAUUGGUACCGAAAGGCGCAGUUGUAUCUAUGUAUCCGGGUACAAUAUAUCAGAAGUAUGAGCCGAUCUUUUUCCAGUCCAUUGGAAACCCAUUUAUUUUUAGAUGCUUGGAUGGAACACUCAUUGAUGGAAAUGACAAAGGCAUAUCAAAAGUUGUGUAUAGAUCUUGUAGUGGAAGAGAUCGGCUUGGCCCCUUAAAAAUGAAUGAUAUUACGUGGCUAACCUCAGAAACUCAGAAUCCACUGGCUAUAGGACAGUAUGUUAACAAUUGUUCAAAUGAGAGAGCAGCUAAUGUCUGUUACCAGGAAUUUGAAGUGCCUGCAGGGUUCCCUGUAGAACUGAAGCAGUAUUUUCCAAACAUUGCCUACAGCUCUGAGAAACAAAGCCCACUUCGGUGUGUUGUUCUUGUUGCACUGAGGGACAUCAAGCAAGGCGAAGAGCUCUUUUCAAACUACUACACGGUUGUCAGCUAACCUGGUGAAUUAGAAAUUAGGUCCUCUACUUAGCGUAUUUCAUUAAUCAUUCUGAGUUCCCCCUGUAGAAUAAUUUGGAGCUUAGUUGAAAUAAUAUUUUUUUUAAUAUUAUAGUUACGUUCCAAUUUCAUGGUAAAAGCGACUUGCUUCAUCAGUUUUAAAAUUUAUAAUGCAAAUGCAACAUAAUUGAUUUUCACCUACACCUAGAGAAAUGCUGAUUAAAAGUACUUGAACUAUAAUUUCAGUGUUUUAUUUUGUAUACCUGUGACUUCUAAAAGUUUAGUCCAGACCAGCAAUCUUUAUGUUGAUGUGUAUCAAUUUCUGUAAAAGUGUUUAUUUUUAUAGAAUAAAAAAACACCUAGUGUUGUCCUGAAUAAAUUCGUGUUUAUAUAUAACCUA